AUGUUCAGAAUAUUGACUAGGAGUUGCGGCCAGAAGACUGGAUUGACCCUCUCUGUGAGAGCCUCUUCGUCCUCGUCAACGUCCGCGCUGGCGUACAAGACGCUUCACAGAAAUAGAAGGAGACCUCCUCUACCAACCUUGGACACCCCCAACUGGAGUGCCAACGCCGCAGUUUCCUCGAUUUUGUACGAAACUCCGUCACCAUCCAAGGCCCCCAAGAAGCAGCAUGUGCUCAACUGUCUUGUGCAGAACGAGCCUGGUGUGCUGUCCUUGGUUUCGGGGACCCUUGCUGCAAGAGGAUUCAACAUUGAUUCGCUGGUUGUCUGCAAUACCGAGGUCAAGGAUCUUUCGAGAAUGACAAUUGUCCUGGACGGUCAGGAUGCUGUCAUCGAACAAGCCAGAAGACAAAUCGAGGACUUGGUGCCCGUUUAUGCCGUUUUGGACUACACCCACACUGAGAUUGUCUCCAGAGAACUGUUGAUGGCUAGAAUCUCUCUUCUCGGUCCAGAGUACUUUCAGGAGCUGAUUCAGCAUCACAAGGAGACGUUUGACGAUGCUCCUUUUGAUAUUCGGUCGCCAGAGUCCAGGUUCCAUCCUAACAACCUAGCUCCAUCGGAGGCUUUGAGACAGAAACAUCUCCACCUUGACGCUAUCACCAAGCUGACCCACCAGUUUGGCGGAAAAGUUGUUGACAUUUCCGACAGAAACGUGAUUGUCGAGGUCAGUGCAAAGCCACAGAGAAUCUCCUCGUUCAUCCAGUUGGUGCAACCAUUUGGAAUCCUUGAGAUUGCCCGUUCUGGUAUGAUGGCCUUGCCAAGAUCGCCUCUUGAACACUCGGACGAGGACACCACGCCUACCAAGAGUGCGGACGAUGUUGUUGAUGCUUCCCAGCUUCCACCUGGUUGA